CACGAUGACAUGGAGGCGACGGGUGUAGACUUUAUAAAGCCUCGUCCGCGGAGCUCAGCCGCUGAAAAGCUUGAUACUGAGCCCGCUGAUCCUAACCCCGCUGAUCCUAACCCCGCUGAUCCUAACCCCGCUGAUACUAACCCCACUGAUACUAACCCCACUGUUCUCCGGGAGAAGAGAAGGUAGCCCGCGCCGCGACACCAUGAGCGAGAGUCAAGGAUCUGGCACAACAGGUGGUAACAACAAAACCUCUGGAAAACAAGAUGCUUCUAAGAAGAGUGCUCCGGAGGACUUUGACAUCGACAUGGACGCCCCUGAGACCGAGAAGGCAGCUGUGGCCAUCCAAUCACAGUUCAGAAAGUUCCAGAAGAAAAAACAUGAUGACAAAGCCUGAGAGCUCCAUCCCCUCUGGUGUGGUGGUGGUAGGAUGGUGCAUGUGAUAGAAUUAAACUCAAGGAGGGUGGUGGUGGGGCCUACAGAUAUGACCUCUCAGUCACUGAUGUCUGGGAAAGUCCAUUACGUAAUUUCUCACUCAGCUACUGAAUGAAUAACUUAUUUAUUUUUCUUAAGGUGCUUCCAUGUAGUCAGGUGUCUGUGUCAACUCUUCAUCCUUAUCUCAGCAACCUUCAGUACUAUGUCAUUUAUAGUGCUAUAAAUAAAAAGAAAUGAAAUUAAAAGAGA